AUGAAGCUCAGUUCAUCCGAAUUUGAGGUUGACCUUGACGACCUCGACGAGGAUGAGCAUGACGCUCGGCGAAGUAAACCCGAGGAAGUCACCGUUCACUUCUUGAUGUCGUUUCUGCAAUUCGCUUUGAACCUCUGUCUAUUACAGGAUGAAGGAGACCACGAGGUACGACCGCGGGUCGAACGCCUUAAAGCUACGAUCCACAUUGCUGGCCAUGAUAUUAGCGCUGAAGAUGAUGGUGGGAUUUGCAGCAUGUACCGGGACACCGAUGGCUGGAGGAUGAUAAAGCCAUACCUGGCCCUCAUUGAGGCGAAAAGGGCGUUUAAAUAUCUCGACUUUGACGAGCGGACGGGAAAACCUAAGCCAGUAGUGUCAAAUGAGACCCUGGCUCAGUACCUUGCCGAAGCGGUGAUAUCAUGGCGAGCAAACCGAGGGGAACUGGGCCAAGAUGUCUUCCUCCUCGCAGCGACGAAUACUUUUCUACGUGUCAUUCAUUUCAAAUUCGGCUCUCAUUAUGGCGAAUACAUCGAUGCUACAAGAAAGGGGACACAGAAGAUCCUGGUCGAUGACGAAAACAAAGACACGUUUGUCUACAUGAACAGCACUGAAUGGUUUAAUCUCCAGACGUCUGGGGGAAGAAAGUCUGCGCUGUGCCAUAUUCUAGCGAUAAUAAGGUGGCAUGACGGAGACUACCCCAUACGUUUGCCUGUCACUCAUGACUCCAGUGUCCCCGAGGUUGACAGUGAUUUUGAGACUGACUACAAUGGCCCCGAGGUUGACUAUAGUGACGAGGUUAUCAGCGGAGAUGACGGUGAUCUCCCCAUGGAAGACCAUAGCGAUUAG